AGUCACAUUACGCGGUUUUUUUCCUCGUAAGACUUACAUCUAGAAGCAGUCAAGUGCCACAUGUUUAUCCUUCUCAUCUUCUCUUCCACGUCGGUUGUUCUUAAGUGAUAGACAUAGAAGUCGAGGACCAGGACAAAAAUAAAAUGGAGUUUGCCAAAUGCGUUGCUAUUCUAGAAGCUCGAAGAAACACGCCAGAUGAUCAUGGUCAUGCUCAUGGUGCUGGAGGAGGUACCACCGGACGAGGCGGCUGUUGUAGCUGUGGUGCAGAGGCACAGGAAGCUGGGUUAGCAGAUGUUGCUAAGGGAGAAGGAAAUGCUGAGCUUGAACGGCAGCAAGGAGAAAGAGAUGGUGGUGAACCGCAUCAAGGAGAAAGAGACGGUGGUGAACGGCUUCUACCAAGAGAAAAUCUUAAUACUGGUAAUACGAAAGAGCACCAAGAAUCCUCUCCAUCAACGACAUCACCAGCUGUCACAGGAGAUGCGACUUCAAAUGGAAAGGUAGAGGAUGCCAACACUAUCGACGAUGAUGAAGAUCCCGACAUCGCAGCUGCGAUAGCGCAGAUAAAUGAACGCUUUAACAAAAUAUCUACAUCUAAGGAUGGGAAUGCGUCAGAACUUCUUAAUCAUGGAGCAACCACUUCUACUUCUACUUCUCUACAUGUUGCUGGUUUCUCUUUCACAAGCGCGUCACAAGAUGUCGACAUGCAACAGGUUGCUGAUCUUGAGGCAUCUUCAGCCGGUGGCUCAUCAGGCAACGGUAAGACGGAAGAAGAACCCGCAUCAACAGCAUGCAACCAUGUCCGGGUGGCGAUGCAGACGAUCGAAGACCAAGACUGGCGAGAAGAACUCCCAAGACUCGCCAUGUGUGCCUCUAGAGACAUGGAUGGACGUGCCAGAAGUGCAGUUGCUAGAGCUUUUGAACUGGAAACUGACAUUAAGGCUUGGGAGUUGACAUCUCUAUGCGCGUCUCUAUGGCUAUCUCAAGUAGGAAAGCCAUAGAAAUGCGAGCUAGAGAUGCCAACUUUCAACCUCUAAUGACAAAGACGAGCUGUCUGGUGAAGGAGAUCCAAGCAGGGAUAUGGAUGUUGACCAACAAGAACAAGGCCUCCAUCAAAAAAAUCAACAAGAAACACAAGGCAAGAAUGGUACUUCCGCCGCAGUAGCCAGGUGGAUGCUGAAAGUGCAGGAACGGAGAGUGGCACUCCAAAAAGCUUGGGAUGCGGUACUGAAACGGUUGAUAGCACGUAGGGAAGUGCGCACUGGCUACGGACCGCUUGUGCAAAAAGUGACCAAAGCAGUACAAGAGGUACAUUAGAUAUGAGAAAAGAAAAUCUGUUAUCAUUAUCAAGUUUCUUAGGUAGAAAACAAAGUAUGAGAUAGUGAUAACAUAGACGAAGUGGAAGAUAUUGAUGUGACAGAUGAAAUUUCUUGAUCAACAUUUCUUGACGAAUCAGAUUCACUAUGCACAAAAAUCUUCUUGUUCUUGUUCUACUUCUAUUGCUAUCCUCUCUUUCAUUUUCAUUUGAUCGAUCCACUACACUUGUUCUGAUUGAUAUUACAGGUGAACGAAUCUGUCCGCGACGUCCUUGACAACUGUAACUCUCUGCGCCUCACUGAGCUUACUCUUGGCACACCCGCUUAUCAAGAUGCACUUGAGCUUCGUGAACUCAUCGAGCAAAUUCAAAAGUCCGAAAAACAGCGUAUGGAAUUGAGUGCUGCAACCCAUUUAGCCCAAAUCCGCCUCUACACGCUGCAUCUUGGCGGAGCAUGCAGUGGGUCUCAGGUCGCGUCUGAGGCGGCUAGCAGUGUGGAGACAGCAAGAAGACAGCACUAUGAAGAGAUGGGAAGAUUGAGACAGGCUAUGAAAGACGUGGAGGAAGAGGUAGCCACACAUGAAGCGGAUCUGAGAUACGGAUUUCUCAUCUGACGAUCUAAAGCAAAAGGGCGAUACAUGACUAUCACUUACAACAAAGUUUACGGUGGGUACCACCACCCAUGAGGAAACUCGAAGUACCCCACAAAGUACCCCUCUGAGCCGCACUCUCGAGGUUCUUAUGAUAAGACCACAACGAAAGAACAAAGUAUCC